AUGACUCCCUCCGUGUUUGUGCUGCUUCUUGUUCCAGAUGUGUUGCUGUCUGCGGCAUAUGUUGCAGUGAUCUACCCUCAGGAUCCCAUCUUGCGUAUUGGUUCCAGCUUGACAGCCACCUGCACGCUCGGCCCCGAGCUCGGCCUCCACCCCAGCUCGUUGUACUGGACCCUGAACGGGCUGCGCCUGCCCAGCAGCACCUACAGCAUCAUGUCUUCCAGCACCCUGAGCGUCACCCUUCACAGCCUCGGAGGCUCCCAGCAGCAGUCAGGAGACAACCUGGUGUGUCAUGCUGCAGAUGGACGAAUCCUAGCUGGGUCUUGUCUCUACGUGGGCAGUAAGUGGAGGCUGACGUUGGAUGAUGGGGUGGUGGAUGAUGUUGGAAACCUGAUGUCCUGUCGGCUGGCAGGCCUCAAGCCGGGAACCGUCUAUUUUGUCCAGGUGAGGUGCAACCCUGUGGGGAUCUUUGGAUCCAGGAAACCUGGAAUCUGGAGUGACUGGAGCCACCCUACUGCUGCCUCCACACCCAACAGUGAGCUGCUGCAGAGAGGCUCCUGUGAUAAACCCAGCGAGCAGAACUCCACCCUGCGGCGACAACUCAAGCAGUUCUUCAGCUGGCUCCGAAAGCACGCCUCCGGCUGCAGUGGCAUGUCAAUCAAACUGUACGACCAGUGGAGAGCGUGGCUGCAGAACUCCCACAAAGCACACGUCCAGGUAGGUAAGCAGAGUCUCCCUUUACUUCACCCUCUCUGCUCAGCACAAACACUACAGCUGCACCAGAUUCCAGAGCUGAAUGUUUGA